AUGGUGACUUUUUCACUACUCCUGUACCACACUAUUGAAGUCACAACACUUGUGGAAGGUGACCUGAUGGGCUUCUACAACAUCACCAGCGUGCAGCUCUUCACGAGGACUGAUUGUUGCGCAUCAAGAUUACAAAACUUCGAAGUGCGUGUAUCCAACCUUGACCCGACGACCUUUCCGUCCGUUGAAGGACAGCGGUGCGUCUUCUUCAGUCAACAGGUGGAUGUCGCAGGAACUUUGCUCAACUGCACUCGUCCAAUCACAGGUCGCUUCGUCAGUUUGUACAAGGCUGCCGACGAUGUUCUCACCAUCUGCGAGAUGUUUGUCUUUGGGACGAAGCUCGACUUUUCUGGUACGUACGAACUAGUGCAGGACAACUCCCGCCUCAAUUCUUCCGCUGUGACGUCACUAACUGUGCCCUCGCCCAUUGGCUGCGCUGUGGAGUGUACUAGUGACGUCACGUGCCUGGCUUUCAACGUCAUGGCCUCAGGAACAAGUUCACGCGGUGUUGCCUGCGAACUUCUGGGACUUGCAGAGUUUAGCCUGACACUUCAAGCCCACACCGGAUGGAGAGCUUACAGGCGCGUGGUGAAGUGAUGAAGGGAAGUAAUGGAGAAACACAAUCGUUAGGAUAUGGACCCUGACACAAACUUCAGUUGUGUAGUGAACUGUCAUCAACUUUCUUCCUGAGAUUUCAUUUUUCCUGAAUGCCACAUUUUGGUAGACUUCUAAAUGUUUGAUGUAUUAAUUAAUGUUAGUAGAUAAAUAAGCACUGGUGAUGAUCUCUAAUUCUCUUUCAUUCAUGUCGUCUUUACCGGUCUUUUUUUAAUUAGUCCUUUUACUUAGGUGUACGCAUCUGUUUACUGUGGUAAAGAUCCAAGAAUAAGCAGGAAGUACGAAGUGACAGACUAACUUACACACUGCUAUGUCCAAGACACUUGUAGGUGAACAGAGAAUCAGGUAUGCAAAGACCUUUAAUCCAGCUUCCAGCUUGUAACACGUGGAUCAUCAUGUUUGCGCUUUAGAAGUAAACAAACACUUGUUGGCAUGAAUAUUGUCAGUUUAUUCACUGACCCAAGAGUACUAGCAUGGGUAGCGAACCAGGUGGUUUAAUCAACAGAGGACCUAUCUUCUCGUCACAAACUGUUGGCCCUUUCUCCUGUCUGUCAGAGCUUCUCAAAACAAGUUCUACCUGACCGUCAUUGUUUAUUGGCAAUAGACAGACUUUCCACAGUUUCGUCCUUUUUUAUCCAACUGUCUUGCACUACGAUCACCUUAUGUCCAACAUUAAGUGUCUUGGUGUCAGUCUACACUUAUGCACACAAAAUUCAUUUUUUUAUUUAUAUAUAUAUAAAUGACCAUGAUUCUCGGUCUAUGUAACGAGAAACCUUUCCUAUCUGAAUUAACACGUCAUAUAUUUCAAAGAAAUUGUGUUCAACGGAAAAAAUAUUUAUCUAGUUAUCCUUUUUUUUUCUUUUGACAGAUGAAUCGAGCAAGUCGCUACUGAGCGCUAAGGUCGUAGUGUAAGACUGUUACAAAAGGUGUUUAAUAUUUGUUUACAAUUUCUAUAGGUAAACAAUGGGAAGUAAGUGCGAAUGAAAAUGCAGCUACCUUUCUUGGAAAUUUAGAAUUUUCUAGAUCUUACCUUUCGGAAAUGGCGAGUCAGAAAUCAGGCAUUUUGCGUCGCUUCUGAGAACAAAAGUCACUUUUUUUAAGUAUAUGCAACACUGAUUUGUGUGCUUCGAUUGUACAUGGAUCAUCACACUUGUAUGUUUGCAAAUAAAGUAGGUUUUCAUCACAAUUUUUGAUGGACACAGUUUGGUGUGGCAGUAUGCUCCAAAACAACUUUUAUUAUAUACCAUUUUGUCUUUCUGUCUUUGUGCAAGAUUUACUUUGCUUUGAUAAACUGGUUUAUGGCCUGUCUUGUCUUAUUUUUGAAGAGAAGGUGGCCACACCAGCGGUGAUGUUAAAAGUGAGAAUAUUUUCAACAAGGUAUUUGUAUAUAAUCUCUACCACUCAGGAUAUAAUGUUGAAACUAAGGUAAAUCAGGUUUGUGUGAACACGGAAUGAGAGCAUUUCAUCCAUGACUGAGUCAAUGUAAAUAAAACUGUCAG